AAAAAUACGCAUGGAGUUGAUGAUCUUCCGACAUUUUACGUCAAUGUUCGUUCAACUUUGAUAUUGUUGUAUACGGUUGUAUGUAAAUAGAUGGUCGUAGUAACGUAACGUAGUGGCUUAACAAUGUUUGUUUUAAUAAUGUUGUAAUAUUCGAAUCCCAUUUUACGCGAGAAUACUUUGUUCCUCAUUUUGUAUGUUGGAACGACGCAAAAUCCGCACUAUGUGGUAUUUUCGGUUAAGAGAGAAGCCUUAACAAGGUAUCUGAAGACGCUCCGGUUAACAGUAAAAACGGAAUGGCCUUUAAACAAAUUCUGUGCUUCGGCCUAGCCGUGUUGACUGUGGUGCGUGUUAAAACUGACGAUGUGCGAGCAACCAACAUCAAAUGUCAGUUUGGCAAGCCCAUGCGUAAACAAAUUGAUGCAGAACCUCUAGCUGGAACAUGUCUCAGAGACAUUGUUCUCCAACUGUCUAAGACACUUCGCUCGAUUGGUAACGAAGAGCUAGGUGUUACUGCAUUUCAGGAGAUAAUUGAUAAACUGGAAUUUGUAAACUUUUCGGAAGGCUUAGACGUUAGACUUAUGACACUAGUCGAUAAGUUGAAUGCUAAGUUGUCUUAUUAUGUUGAUUUAUUGAGACAAAGUAACGACGUCAUACAACCAAUUCUGUUGAAGACACGGAAUCAUCCUAGCUAUUCUAACCAAAAUAUUCGAAUGGAUUUAAUGCAGGGCAGAGUCUCGGACAUCUGUGUUCAAAUCUUAGGAGCAAUGGCAAGCAAAUUAAGAGGACAGGAUUGGAAAUAUUUGCAUGUUCUACCGGUGAGUCAACCUGGAACCAUGUGUGGCCCUCCUAGUCUUGCACAUAAUAUUGGACCGUUGCUGCUGUCUCAGUGCAGUCGUCCAAAGAAAAUUAUUUUAUUACUGGAGCACGGAAUGUUUAUGUCAGAUGGAGAUGUUGCUUUGGCACAGACUAUGGCUAAAACAAUAAUCGACAUGUUAUCGGAAAUUGACUACGCAACCGUUGUUGGUCUUGCAGGCCGUGGUUCGAUACUUUGUAAAGACACUCUUAUGAGAGCGACAGAUAUUACCAAGUAUCAACUGGCUCGACAUAUCGACACCAUAACACGAACUGAUUCAAAUCAGACGUUCAGUAUAAAUUUUGGAGCUUUAACAAAAAGUUUAAGUGGAGAAGUAGUUGUCAUCCACAUAACUAAUACAUUAAAGGAUAUAACAAAUGUCAAGGAUAUUGUCAAUUCUCUUUCUUCAAAGACAUUGGUUGCAUAUUUACGCACGAUUCUUAUUCUUUCUGACUUGAAACCACAUGUAAAUAUUAAGGAGAGUUCUAAAAAUGGAAGUAUUAUUACGCUGCCAACGCAGAAUGUACUUGGAUAUGAAAUUGCGCGACUUUUUUCUGGUUUGAAAUGUACCAAUAACCAAAAAAAAGAUUAUUAUUUAUCUGAUCCAUAUUUUGAACCAUAUAGUAAAGCAAUGACUCUGUCGGUUGGGCAAAUAACAAAUACUGCUCUUCUCUCCCUGGAUGUUAAAUUACGGGAUUUCCUCGAAGAUAUUACUUAUUUUAAUGCUGGUCCAAAUGCUUAUGCAAUUUUAUUUGACAAAAAAAAAAUAGUGUGGAUGCAUCAAGAUUUUCCACGAAUGGAUACCAUGUUAGAGCAACCACUGAAAGUUUAUGUACAAGACAUCGAAAAUCUGGACAAAAAAAUUGUAAACAGAAUGAUUAAUGAAACUGAAGGCAAAUUAGAGACAAGAACAAAAUUAAACAUUAUGAAACAUUUGAGAUGGAAACACUUGAUUUAUGGAGAUUUGAUAGUAUGUAUAGUGUCUAAUGGCAAAGGAGAGUUAUUACCGUUUGUACAGUCUAUAUCUCCUUUACCAUCGAAUAUUUUACAUCAUCGACUCGAUCUCAUGUCGCAGUCCGUUGUGAACAAAGACACUCUUUGUACGUAUCAGAAUAGAGUUGCCACUUUGGCAACAGGAGUCGUUUAUCUCUCACCGUGGUGUUUCCAAUCUCCAAUGGAACAGUUAAAGCUUUUGGAAACAGGUUCAGCAGUGACCGUUCAAAGCUACAUGGCAUAUAUUAAGGACUUGACCAGACUUCUCGCAAAUCCAGGGCUUCAUCCAUCUGUUAGACCUGAUGUGGCCACAUUGGCACAGAGUUUAGACCAUUUUAAGCGGCGGCACAAAGAGAGCGCGUUAAAUAAAUUUAUAAUAAGAAGGUACAUUGUCUCAGCAGUCAGCGGAGUGUUAGAAAUGUAUCCAGGAAUGGUGCUGGACUCGGGGCUGGAUCCCAAGAGACGAGCAUGGUAUGGAAAAGCAAUGGAACAUCCUGGGAAAAUCGUUCUAACGACACCUUACCUAGACGCAGGUGGGGCAGGCUAUGUGGUUACUUUGAGUCACACCGUUUAUGAAGGUCGCUCCGUUGCACUUCAUUCAAGCACCGAUCCCCUUUUGGCCGUAAUGUCUAUGGACAUUACAAUGGGAUACAUUUCAAGACUCCUAUCGGAAAUGUUCCCUUUCUGUAACGAGGCUCGCGUGAAGUGCUUCUUGAUGGAUGAUAAAGGCUAUUUAAUAUUUCAUCCUUCUUUAUUGGAUCCCUCCAGUAAAGUAGAGCAACAACAUUUAACGCACAAAGAAGUUUUAGUAGCCAACGAUAUAUUAAAUCACGAAUUGUUUGUUAAGAAGAAGUUGUGCGCAAGUUAUUUAGAUGGCACUACGCAAAGGUAUUACGAAUUCAAUACCUCCUUGGAGGAAGUUCUAACGAACAUAGUUCACGGAGAGCACUGUGUAAGGUACCAAAUUGCUGCUGUACCUGGAACAAAUGUCUUCCUUGGUGUUGUCAAUGUGACUACACCUUGUAAUCUACGUAGCGCGUUCUGUCCUUGCAGCACAAUGGAUAGAUUGUGUCUAAAUUGUAAAAGAAUGGAACAGACCGAAUGCGAAUGUCCUUGUGAGUGUUCCCUAUACUCUUCGGGUUGUAUUCAACCGAACAUCAGUAGUUACGAACCAUGCCAAGCUCCAUAUGAGCAAGGUGCUACGUUGCAAACACCAUGGGCACAAUUAACUUCACUAAAACCAUGCCCAUCGUUCAACUGUAAAGCAUACGAGACAGAGCGCGAAUGCCUUGGCAUAGUUGGGUGUCAAUGGUGUCACGUAGAUAGCGAUGGAGAGACUCCACUACCAAUUCCAUAUUGUUCCGACAUGUCAUUAUGUUUUAGAGGAAUUUUUGGAUCUUUGAUACCAUAUAGCGAUGGAACCUACAAUUCUCAGUCAACCGAUGAAGUCAUGACUCGAGAGUGGCCUUCCGUAGGCCCUGUUGCUGGAGGAAUCCUGGCUUUAGUAUUGGUUCUAGGUGUAACUCUCUUUUGCUAUAGGCUUCGGAGUAUACAAUCAGGACUGGAGCAUCAGUGCUUACAUGUGCAUCCCUCUCCUGAUGCAUUACGUAUGUCACAUCUAGAUGGAGAUGUCGAACCUAUGGAAAUGGAUCAGACUAAGAGUAACCUGGAUUCCCUUCUUCGGGAAGGCGUCGCACCGAUAUCGCCCUACAGAGUGUCCACUAAUUACAGAAGACCUCCUGGUGGUGAUAGCGACCACGGAUAUAGUACUAUGACACCCCAUGACGACUCGGAGCAACAGACGUUCGCUGAACCUCUGCUGAUCGUUGGUGGCAAUGCCGAACCCGAUUUAGGAAGACAAGUUACCAGUCCUCCGUCUCCCACGACGCAUCUGGGGUCACCUCAUCAUGUCCUAGCUCCAGUCACCGUUCAUCGCAAUAUGGAGACGAAUUACUGCUAACAAAGAUUUGUGAGACAGUUCUGUAAAUGAAGAACAAGUAACGCCAAUGCAAAUAUUAAUUUCCAGUUAUUAGUUGAUUAAGUCGUACUGAAGAUAGUUUUGAAAAACUACAUUUCACGAUGAAAGUAGAGAGCGAUCGCUACUAGUAAGUUAACGUGAAACCUAUUAGAGGCUUACAAGAAUCUGCUAAUUCAAUAUAAUUUAAUAUCUCGGUUUUUUCCGAAUAAUAAGAAACUGUAGAUAUUAAAUUUUGCCGAAUUGCAAGUUCUGGUGUAUUCCCCGGUUUCAAACAUUUUAAGAUGAUCAUUGCACAAAAACAUUUGUAUAUUAAAUCAUAAUCAUGGUUGAUAUACUCAUUUGCACCAUUUGAUUCAUUCUAGCGUUUUAAUUUCACAUAAAGAUUUCGAUAAUUCGUAAAAUGUUGAGUAACGUAACUCGACUGAACUGAAUGACAAUUGGGAUAAAAAUUUGAAUACGUUCACGAAUUAUUCAUUCUUCGUACGGAAAUGCAUCGAUUAGUUUUUAUCAGUUUUACACUUUCCGACUCGGUAUAUUUACCGUACAGAAUUAUAUAUGUUAAAUAAGUUUAUAUUCUAUUUAAAGUUAUUCAACGACUAUUGUAUGAUUAUUUAUAACGAAGACUUUUUAAAGAUAUUUAUAUGUUCCGCUCAAUGCAAUUGUUCUAAUGUCUCUUAAAUGGUAGGGCAUUACUGCACGCGGUAUCUCAAUAAUCUUUUGAUUGUUGAUACAAUGUAAAUAUUGUGUGAAAGGAUCGGAGUGAAAUCAAGAUCUGUAUCGGCGCGAUGUGGAUAUAUUAUUACUGACAAUUAACGAGAAAGGUAGGGUUUAAAGUACUCUUGCUAUGAAGGAAUUGUACAAUUUUUUUCACGUACAUGCGUUUUUUAUAUAAAAUGGGCUUCAGAGAUAACGAGGAAGGGAACAAGGAGACUGAGAGUACACCUAAUAACAUAUUCCAAGGAAAAUGCCUAAAGGAAUUUAUACAACAGAGCAGAUGAAUUUACAUAUUUUUCUGUACAAGUACUGCAUAAUUUUUUACCGAGUCUCAAUUAGAAUGUACACCUGUGAAAUAUACUAAGUAAUAAUUUAAUGCAGCAAUUCAGAAGAAUUCGUUAAACUAAGAGUUACUAUCAACAUAGAAAGGUGCUAGAGAGGGCUUGUCGGUUCUCUCAAACUUAUUGGCAGUAUUUUUUAGAUUAAUCGGAAAUUAUUAGCAUUAGCAUAAAAAUUCCAGAAGAAAUAAAUCCUUCGUGGUAAAUAAACAAUGUAGUUAUUACCGUAAGUUGAAGCGUUAUUUAACUCAUGUAUUUCUUAAUAUUCAUGACAAAAAUGAGGCGUAAAAUUACUGUCGAACGAUCGAACGUAAAUUUCUCCAAUAUUCCUGAAACUCGUAACAUUUAGGAAUUCGUAAUUAACUCGUUAGUCAUAUGGCAAAUGAAUUAAGUAUUAGCGUAGCUACGAUACGUUUUACACCGUUUUAUAAUAAUUCCUACGGUCUCGGCAGUUCCUUGUCUUGCCAAUACCUUACUGCAAUUUAAAA